AUGGAAGAGUUCAUUGUUCAAACAGAUCAGGUUAAAUCAAUACUUGAAGUAUCAAAUAUUUCGACUGAUUCAAAUUUUAUUCAGCAAGAACCAUUUCUGUAUAAGCUCCAUGAAGAAGAUAGAGAUUAUAAAUAUGUCUCGGAACUAUUUUUAUCAUCUUGGAAACAUUUGGAUAAACCUGUUCCUACGAUUGUUUCAAUAUGGAAAGUAUAUUGUGCAAAGGAAUUAAUUACUCGAUAUGAACUUUAUCGAAAGAGUGUAGGGAAUGAGUGUAAACUAUUUCAUGGAACAAAAACGACUUGCACUGUUGGCUUUGAAAAUGGUGGACUUUGCAUUGAGAAAUCAUGCUCAAUUUGCUGUAUCAUAAGGGAAGGAUACAAACUCGAUUGUGCAAGAUAUGGAUUAUUUGGUAAAGGGAUCUAUUUUUCUACAACCUCAUCAAAAUGUGAUAACUUUAAUGCCAAUUUGUUAGAAAAAUAUAAUGGCGUAAAUUAUAAAGUAAUGUUAUUGAAUAAUGUGGUUUUAGGUAGAAUUUAUAAACCUUUAGAAAAUGGUUUUUCACUUACAAGUCCUCCACCUGGGUAUGAUAGCGUAUGUGGAGAUCCUAAUAUCGUUAAAAAUUUAAAAGAUCUAAAGCAUGAUGAAAUUAUUGUGUAUAAAGAAGAGGCAUCAAUUCCACAAUUUCUUAUAGUUUAUCAAACCAAGGCCAAUUAUUAA